AGAGGGAUGUUACCUUUAUAUACCGGCUGCACUUAGUUUCUAUACCGGCAUUUGAGCUGAUACGGUCCAGAGGAUAAGACAUGGCUCCCAAAGCUGUUGUCAUUUGUCUGGUGAUAGCCACUUUUUCAAGGAUAUCAGAAGCAACAUUCGGGAAAGAACAUGUACACAUCAAAGUACACGUACCAACCGUUGUUAAGGAGGUACACCACGAGAAGAAAGUACAUCAUCACAUAGAGGAGCACCACCAUGACGAUCACGGCUCCAGUGACUUCGGGGGCGGCUUCGGAGGCGGAUAUGGAGGCGGCGGCGGUGGUGGAUAUGGAGGUGGCGGUCAUGGAGGUGGCUUUGGAGGCGGUCACGGAGGUGGUUCUCAGAUCAUAAAGAUCAUCUCAUCGGGAGGAGGAUUUGGAGGCGGUGGACACGGAGGUGGUCAUGGAGGUGGAGGCGGAGGCGGCUAUGGAGGUGGUGGAUUCGGCGGAGGUGGCUUCGACGACCACCAUGGAGGUGAUGAUCAUCACGGAGGCAGCGGAGGUGGAUUUGGGGGCAGUGGAUUUGGCGGAGGCGGUGGAUACGGAGGCGGCUCUGAUAGCUACAGCUACAGUGGUGGAGACAGCUUCGGACACGGUGGUGGAGGUGGAGGCUAUGGGGGCGGUGGAGAUGGAGGAUUUGGCGGAGGCCACCACGGGGGUGGUGACAGCUACAGCGGUGUGAGCAGCUAUGGUGGUAGCGGGGGUGGUGGAUACAGCGCUGGGGGCGGACAUGGUGGUUACAGCUCUGGAGGCGGACAUGGUGGUUACAGCUCUGGAGGCGGACAUGGUGGUUACAGCUCUGGAGGCGGUGGUUACAGCUCUGGAGGCGGUGGAUAUAGUUCAGGAGGUGGAUACAGUUACGGAGGCGGCGACAGCUACAGUGGAGGCGGUCACGGAGGUCAUGGAAGCAGUGGAGGCGGUUACGACGGAGGUAACCACAUUGAGAGCUUUGGAGGUGGCGGCGGAUUUGGAGGCGGUGGACACGGAGGUGGCUAUGGAGGUGGUCACGGAGGUGGUCACGGAGGCGGUGGUGGCUUUGGAGGCGGACAUGGAGGUGGAUUCGGAGGCAGCGGAUUUGGUGGAGGCAGUAGCUACAGUGGAGGCAGUUCAUUUGGGGGCGGUGGUCAUGAUCAUCACGACCAUCAUGGAGGCGGAGGCUAUGACAAGUAGGAAGCCAUAUUGUUCUCCGUUACAUACACCACCACACAAACAUAUUUGUAAUUUUUCCAAAGUGGAGACUUGACCAACUGCCAAUACAAAAUUCAACAGAGAAUCUACUGCCAUAUUUUGAAAAACUUAUGAGAGUAAACUAAUCGUAGGUAGUUAUCAGCUUCAUCAUCAUCAUCGUUUUUAGUUUCAAUGAACAGCAAUUUGAUCUCUAGUUAAUCUGAUAUCUGACAAUAUGGUACCAUCCUGGAGAUACUCUAUAGCUGCAUAGUUGAACAUUAUAGCUUUCAUUAUCUUCCAUCAUCAUUUAAUCUCACUGUCAUGUCAUGAUUCCACUUAUAAUCAAUCAUUUUUCAUUAUCAAAUCUUUCAAUCGACGAAAAUUCAUCUAAUAUUUAGAUGCUUUUUGAGAUUGAUAGUUAUGUUCUGAAAAGCCAUGCUAAAAUUUGGAAAUCUUACUACACAACACUCAAAAAUCUGAUUUGUUGUUCUUCCUCAUUCUGAAGAAUCGUAUUAACUAUGUUGUGACAGCUUUAAUGUCAUUUUCAAUCUGAAUUUGCUAUUUGCAAUAACAAUAUUUUUUUCACCAUAGAAAGUUUUUCAUGCUUUUUAUGUCAACCUAUUUCUUAUUUGUCUAUAAGGUAACGUAGCUUUAUAUUUGAUAUAGCGUACAUCUAAGACUGAUUAUUAGUUUUUAAUUUUUCAGAUGAAAACGUUCUUCAAUUCUUACAUUAAUACUUGUUUUUUUUCGAAAUUUCUCAAAGUUUUCUCAAUCAUUGUUGAUACAGGAGAAUAUUCGGAUAAUCCACUACUAUUUGAGUUCUGUUGAUAAAUGUAAAGAAUCUCACCCUCUGAACAAUGCACCUCAUAUCAAUCCUCAAUCGUCACUUUGUGAGUUUACAAUGUACAGUAUUAUGAUUCGUUGACUAGUUUGUAAAUAUUGAUUGUUGAAUAUUUGUAUUAAAAUCGUUUUUGAGAUGUGA